CUUUCCUCCUCCAUCCUUCGGUUGCGAAGCUUCGGAGGAUCAUGCAACACAUGAAGCCAUGGCGAGCUCUGCUCCUUCUGGCGGUGCUUUACCAACCAGCAUCUUCUGAGAAAUACGGUUGCCUGUUUGAGAGAAGACUGUGCACGAGGGAUCAGUUCUGCUCCGACGAUGGGUUGUUCGGGCAGUGUCGAAGCUCCAAGCAAGACCAGGUCCAGUAUCAGGUGACGGUUCCUGUGUUGAAGAGGAUGCAGGAAGUCCUCAAACAGCUCAUGCUACAAGGACUGUCGUGGCAGGAUGACAUCACUCAGUAUAUCUUAUCAAAAGAGCUGAAGAGAGUUCCCCACACCACUCUCUCGUCGAAACCCAACUUGUCAUCGUCGUCUCCUCAUUCCUCUCAGUCCAAACAGCACGUCCUCCACCACUCCAACUCUAAGUUAGGGUCCACACCUCCUGGUGGAAAAUACAUGGACUACAUGAUCGUCGAGCCUCCUCAGUCCCCGCUGCGCAUGCAAACGGCAUCUAUUGAUCCAUACGCCUAUCACCAGUCACAGCACAGAUAUGAAGAUGACGUAGAGAGAUCACUUCUGAAUACGGGAGCAGGAUACGCCCGCCCGUCUUUGAGGUAUCAGGCGAGCCAGAGAGAUCAGGAGCGCGACAGGCAGCUGCUGCAGGAAGCGCUGUCUCUGUACUUGGCAUCCGGGCAGCCCUCUUAUCGGCACCGAGGGGCCGCUCCCAUGGCUCCAGCAGCUGGUCUCCCUUAUUAUGAGAACCUGGACUUGGAGAUACCAGCGGACCUUGUGGAAGACUACACUCUACAGGAGAGACUCCGCACUGCAGGCAGGCAGCCAAAUCUACAGAGUAAGAAAGCUCCACAGGACGUCAGUACCGGGCAUAGAAACAACGAUGGUUUGAUCCAGAGGAUAUCGGGCGUCCUUCAGAGGUACAAUGUUGAUCCCAGGGAUCUCAAUCAGGAGCAGCUCUACAAGCUAGCCCUUAUUCUGCAGCUACUGCAAAGCCAAGACAAAACAAUCACAGCAGAACCAGUUGAGAAAGGCCUCAUCACUCUCAAAGAGAUGCAGCUGUUAAAAAAAGGAAGUGUGUCCGAACCAGAGAAGCCUGCUCCAGCUCCAGGUCCCCCUGAUGGUCCUCCCGCUACUUCCUCUGCUUCCAUUCCAGAUGCACCUCCGCUAAAGAGUGCCAGCAUCCCCACGUCUGCCUCCAAGCCUCCUCAAUCCACAUCUGGGGAUUCUGGGAAGGACUUUAAAGACCCACUUGUUGAGGGUACUGGAGCCAAAGAGGAGUACGGGUACAUCGUCACCAACCAGAGUCAUCUGAGUCUGUACAAUGGAGUGAAACUGUUGGAGCUACUGGCUGAUAAAAUCCACCUGACAACCAGCAGCUUCAUCAACAUCAGCGUGGUCGGACCAGCGCUGACUUUUCGAAUCCGUCAAAACGAACACAACAUGACGGCUGCAGAGGUGGCUGCCAAGGCCGUAUCUGAGAAAAACUAUCUGGAGUCUGAGACGGGUCUGAAAAUAGUACAAACUGGAGUUGGAGAGAGGACAGAUGCACGGGGUCUCCCUCAGGUAACCAGGGUUCCUCAGGGUUCCAGUGGGACCGUCAUCACCCUAGUUUCCAUGGCAGUGGUGGGAGGUGUGCUGGUAUUGGCCAUGGCCAUCGCUUGUUUCAGACAUUAUGCUCACCAAGUGGCCAAUGGCAAGCUUGGCCUGGGGCCAGAGGGGGGAUCAGAAACACACUUUGACUACCAGGAGCUAUGUCGGCAGCACAUGGCAUCCAAAUCCUCUCUGUGUCGCCAAGACUGUGUUGGAGGAGUAAGCGGCGGUAUGGCAGGGUCUGCCACAGGACCGGGUGCAGGUGGACGAAGAGGCACCGACACGUCUCGAGUCAGCAGCGUUUCCUCCCAGUUCAGCGACGGGCCGCAGCACAGUCCAUCCUCCACCCACAGCUCCACCCCAUCCUGGAGCGAGGAGCCAGCCCAGUCCAACAUGGACAUCUCCACAGGUCACAUGAUACUGGCCUACAUGGAGGACCACCUGCGUAAUAAGGACCGGCUGCAGAAGGAGUGGGAGGCGCUGUGCUCCUAUCAGGCUGAACCGUGCUCUGUAGCUGUGGCUCAAGACCCCGCCAACAUGGACAAAAACAGACACGUGGAAGCCCUGCCCUAUGAUCAUUCCCGUGUGAAGAUGAAGACCGAAGCAAACUCCAGUAAACAGGAUUACAUCAAUGCCAGUUUCAUUUUUGACCAUGACCCCCGCCAACCAGCUUACAUUGCCACCCAGGGACCUCUGCCCCACACUGUUGUGGAUUUUUGGCAGAUGGUUUGGGAGAAUGGGUGCACCGUGAUCGUGAUGAUGACAGCUCUGGUAGAGGACGGGGAGAAGCAGUGUGAACGAUACUGGCCAGACGAGGGCUCCUCGCUUUACCACAUCUAUGAGGUGAACCUGGUGUCUGAGCAUAUCUGGUGUAAAGACUUCCUUGUGCGCAGCUUCUAUCUGAAGAACGUCCAGACGCAGGAAACGAGAACCUUGACACAGUUUCACCUGCUGAGCUGGCCGGGCGACGGGAUCCCCACCUCUACUCGUCCGCUGCUUGAUUUCCGCAGGAAGGUGAAUAAGUGUUACAGAGGUCGAUCCUGCCCCAUCAUCGUUCACUGCAGUGAUGGUACUAGCAGGACUGGCACAUAUAUUCUCAUUGACAUGGUGCUGAAUCGUAUGGCUAAGGGAGUGAAAGAGAUCGACAUUGCCGCCACAUUGGAGCACAUCAGAGACCAGAGACCGGGCCUGGUCCGCACCAAGGACCAGUUUGAGUUCGCUCUGACAGCCGUUGCCGAGGAGGUGAACGCCAUCUUGAAAGCUCUGCCACAGUGAGACGCAGCUGAGGAACAUGCUGACGACACAUGCAGGCACACAAAAAACACACAAUCUCCACAGAACACAUUCAUUCACAUAUUUCCAGAACAAGGAAAAUAAAUCCGAUCAGCCGUUACCAGAUUUUAACACGCAGUGUUUUCCCACCAGUUUACACCUUUUUUUAGGUGCCACAACUAUUUUUGGAGCUUAAAUUUGAUGAAAAGUGUAGUCAACAGUUAUGGUAAAGAUGCAAAUAUGCGAAGCGGAGCACGUUUCUACACAAAUUUAUUCCGUUUCUGCUCUAUAAAUAAAUCAAUCCGAGACAAGGACGCGGUUAUCACAUGUGAAAUCAACAAACGUCUGUGCCUGUGUGAAGACAGAUUAAAUCCCCCCCACUAUUCCUUAUCGGAUUAAAGAAUAUUUAUAGGGUCACAGUUAAACGUGAACAGAUAUACCUCCAUAUGACAAAAGGUGUCAUAAUCAUGGAACAGAUUUUUUGUACUUUUCACUGGAUACACCAAAUUCUCUGUUCAUUCUGAUGUUAUAAUUGGAUCAAUGUUAAAAAAAAAAAAUGUGUUAAAAGUACCAAAUAUGUACGACCAUCUUACUGUACCAGAGUAAGAUUACUCUCGAAUUUAAUACUUUGGAUGUGAUGUUUUGUGUCCAAAUGAAAAAAAAAAGUGUAAACUGCUGUCAAGUGUGUUGAUUUCUAUUUUUUUUUUUUAUUAUUAAAAAAGCUCGUCUUUGCCCUGCAGAUUGAAGUGUUUGCUUCCAGUUCUGCUUCUUAAGUAAUCAGUACUAAACAUUGAAGUGCACAUUACAAUUAUCUCCUUAUUUUUGUAUACAAAUUUACUUUAAUUGUAUUUUUUUUACGGUUUAACUCAAUGUGCAACCUUGUGAUUAAUGUAUAUAACUCAUCCUGAUGACCGUGUUUAUUUCAUGUAGCAAACAAAUGGAAAACAAAUAUAAAAAUGUAUUUUUGACUUGAACUAAAUAAAUUUGUGAUGUGAUGCAGCAGAAAA